CGGAAAGCAUUCGAGGUCCACAGCACUACCGACAGUCUCGAUCCGAGGCACGAGCCUCCAUGUUAGAACGCUCAGGAUAUAAGUUGGAUACUACGACCUUUAGCGGACCAGAACCACUCUACAUCCACCACUGCGAGCGAAGUUUACUGCUGGAGCCGGCUAUCGCAAUUACAACAUGCAUAAUGAUGGCGCGACACCCCGCAUAGCUUUCCUCUUCACCCCUCCUCCAGGCAGCCUCAUCUCAUGAGCUGCUUCUUCCGCUUCGCCCAACAUCAACAGCAGGUGGGCAGCCCCAAUGUGGCCGUUCAAUGAGAGCUCCCAGCUGCGUUCAUCUGCUAGUAGCAUCGGAAGACAUGCGAGAGUGGAUACCUUACGAGAAGAACUCCACGCUAUGAUACUACAAGACGCGACAAACCUACCUCCAGGUCCCGUUUCGUCCGAUACGGCCCUUCCUUCCUCUCCCGAGUAUCCUCGCAUCCGGCCUUCGCCUCAAGCGCGGAUCCUUGCAGCUAUCGCAGAUACAAGAGGAACACAUACAGCGGUACUUGAGUCUGGGCCGCGAAGAAGGUCAGCUCAUAGCAGUGUCAGUGAUGCACGGCGGUUUGGGUUUUAUCUCCCAAGCGCUACUGCGAGCGAGAACAACCUUGCGCUGCAUCGACCUGGACCAUUCAUGCUUCACGACUUACAUGAGCGCACUGCCAGCCUCCCACUCGCUUCUUCAGCGGCAGCGGCAGCGCUCGAGCGCGGUGUUCCACGUCAACCUCAGACAUCCCCGCAUCGAUUUGACGACGUAACCAACCAUGGUCCACCGCCAAAAUACGUAGCAUUCGAUCCCUAUCCUUUCUUCGGUGUCGAGCCAAGAACCCGUCGCCGAUCAACUAUACAGGUCAUCGAGACCGUCUGCAAGGAUGGGUUCAAGGUUACAACAGGCAAGGUGGGCAAGAGUUUCGUCAAGCACGUCGAGGAUGUAGGCAAGAUAGCGAAGGACGUACCCAGCGCCUUGAAGGGAGCUCAGGUGAGAUUGAGUUCGAAAAGGGCCAAGGGGAAACUUCGCUGGUUGGAAAAACGCAACUACCUGAGUGGGCAGGAGAGGCUUCUGACGCAAGCUCUCGUUGGUUGAGGCGUGAUGUUAUCCUUGGUGAAUAACCCGGAGAUACAUCAUCAUGUCUACUAGAGUCACCAGGUGUAGGAGGAUGGGAGACAAGUGAAGAGCGCAUGAAAGGUGCUAUCUGCACUUUCCAGCAAGUUCGCCACAGCGGAGCGUAUCUUCGGCAAGACAGAGUGGAUACCGUUGAGGGCUGUGGUCCGAAGAAUGGCUUCUGGAUGAUUGUAUCGAAGCUGUUUUCCCGUCAAGGCUAUCGACUCAAUUCCCGGAAGCACGCGGGUAGACAGGAAACUUGGUCUGUCAAUCAGAUAUUUCAACUUAGGUCGUUUUAACCUGAACAAGAUAAAUGCCGUUCUGUCUACCGUUCUUGUACAUCCCUAU